AUGCAUCUGCGAAGUGUGGGACCAGGAGAUGUGGACAUGUACUUCAACCGGGUAGUGUCAUAUUGGAUCACAUGCCAAUUUCCGAGAGCGAUAUCUCAUGCGUGGAUGAAAGAAGAGGAUCGCGCGGAUGUGCUGACUCGUAUCAAUGGACAGGAAUGGCCUGUGCCGAUCCCAAAGGAUGCCAACCUCGAUCUGAUCUGGAUCGAGAUGCUCAACAUGGGCACAGAGUAUGAGUUCAGUAAUGAUCUGAUCAUUGGCGGGGAUACAGGUGAUGGUGCGGGCAUGGAAGAGGAGGUCCAAGCAAGGAUGGAGAAGGAACUGUCUUCACUGCAGAAUAUGUACGGAAAUGUGCUUGGCGUACUGUCGGAGAUGCAGAAGCGGGUGUCGACAAAUCCGGUGGAUAAAGUUGCAGGAUUGACAUACCUUCUCUGGUCAUCGGGGGGAAUACCAGCAUACCAUGAGAUGCAGUCUGAAGAGGAUGCAUGGACUGCGCUGGUGGGUGUGAUGCACCGGUGUGGUCGGGCGCAAUUGUUCUUCUAUCCUAGACCUGGCGACGGAAACAAAGGUUGGCGACUAUCAUGGAGGCAGGUCAUGACUGAGGUGCUGCCGUCAGAUAGUGUUCAUUUAGAGAAGGGGGUCAGGCGGACAGAAGAGACAGAUGUGAACGGGUAUGCGGGGCCCUGUAUUGAAGCAGGUUAUGUGCGGGGAUUGGCUGAAGGAUCGCUAGAGGGGAAACACCGACAGGGAGACUUGGUCAUCAAAGACCACUCUGGGGAAAGGCACACAUUCAAAGUUGUCGCCGACCACCAAUACCCAAUACUGGAAGGAUUAUACACACUGCCAGGUAAUAGAACAUUCCGUAGCAAUGAGGUCGAAGGGAAAUACUGGGUAGCCGAACUUCACUAA